AUGUCCGCCACGUCCGCCAUGGCGACCGUCGCCCCCAACGUCCAGGCUCGCUUCGGCGUUAAGCGCUCGAACGCGAAGUCCGUCCGCCGCGCGGUCGCGCUCCGCGCCACCGUCGCCGAGGUCGAGGUCUCCGAGGAAAAGCCCAAGCCGAAGGGAAAGAAGCCUUUCGUGAAGAAGAACGUCACGGUGACCGACGAGCAAGUCGUCGUCGGCGCGGAGUUCAAGGGAGUCGUGAAACGCGUGCAAGAGUACGGCUGCUUCGUCGACUUCGGCGCCAAGUCCGACGGCCUCGUGCACAUCUCCGAACUCAAGGACGGCUUCGUCGAGAACGUCGCGGACGUCGUCUCCGAGAACCAAGAGGUCCAGGUGUUCAUCAAGUCGAUCGACGCGGAGAAGGGCCGCAUCUCGCUCACGAUGAAACCCCCGCCGUCCGCCGCGGAACUCGAAACCAUCCUCGCCAAGGAGGCGGAGAGAGAGGCGAAGUUCCAGGAGCGCAAGGCGAAGAAGGCGGCCAGCGAGGAGAGCAUGAAAGCCGUCCGCGCGAUCAAGAAGGGCACGACGGUGGAGGGCGUCGUGAAGUCCAUCCAAGCGUUCGGCGCCUUCGUGGAGAUCGCAGAAGGCGUCGAGGGGCUCGUGCACGUCACGGAGAUGUCCGAGGAUUACAACGUCAAGCCGGAGGACUUCGUGACCGUCGGCGAGACGGUCAAGGUGCGCGUCCUCGGCGUGGACGGGCAGAAGGUGAAGCUCUCGAUGAAGGAGAAGAUGGACCUCAAGGAGAUGCUCGAGGGGAUCCAGACGGAGUCGAGCGCGGGGAGCAUGGAGUACGCGUUCAAGUCGAUCGGCCUCACGCCGGCGCAGUUUCCGGGCGCGGAUAAGCUGACGAAGGAGGCGGCGAAGAAGAAGGACAACACCGAGGCUGCCGCCGCGCCCGCCGCCGCGCCGGAGCCGGUGAAGGAGGCCGAGGUCGAGGCGCCCCCCGCGCCGGAGCCGGAGCCCGUGGCGGAGGCGAAAGCCGCCGAGCCCGUCGUCGAGGAGAAGAAGGCGGCGCCCGAGCCUGCCCCGAAGAAGGAGGAGCCCAAGGCUGCCGCGCCCGCCGCCGCGGGCGCGGUCUCCGCGAAGGAGGUCAAAGCCCUCCGCGACAAAUCCGGCGCGGGCAUGAUGGACUGCAAGAAGGCGCUCCAGGAGUGCGGCGGCGACAUCGAGGAAGCCGCGACGUGGCUCCGCAAGAAGGUGCGUUCUAUACACUGGUCCCCAUACGACCGCGUCGGCGUGGGCAUCGCCUCCGCGGACAAGAAGGCGUCGCGCAUCGCCGCGGAGGGCGCGGUCGGCGCGUACAUCCACAGCGGCGCGCGCCUCGGCGUGAUCGUCGAGGUCAACUGCGAGACGGAUUUCGUCGCGCGCGGAGACAGGUUCAAGGAGCUCGUCGCGGACAUGGCGAUGCAGACCGCCGCGUGCGUGGAGAUCGAGUACGUCUCCCCCGACGACGCGGACCCGGCGGCGAUCGAGAAGGAACGCGAGGUGCAGAUGAAGAUGGAGGAUAUGCUCUCCAAGCCGGAGAACAUCCGCGAGAAGAUCGUCCAAGGCCGACUGGAUAAGAUGGUGAACGAGAAGGCGCUGCUGAAACAGCCGUUCAUCAAGGACACCGGCGUGACGGUUGAGGAGUACAUCAAGGCAGCGACGGCGGAGAUUGGCGAGAAGAUUUCCAUCCGUCGUUUCGUGAAGUACAACCUCGGCGAGGGCAUGGAGAAGCGCAACGAGGACUUCGCCGCGGAGGUUGAGGCGCAGACCAAGGCGCUCGCGGACAAGAAGCCCAAGGAGGAGCCGAAGAAGGAGGAGCCGAAGAAGGAGGAAGCCGCCGCCCCCGCGAAGACCACCGCGAACAUCUCGGCCAAGCAGGUCAAGGAGCUCCGCGACAAAUCCGGCGCGGGCAUGAUGGACUGCAAGAAGGCGCUCGGGGAGUGCGACGGCGACGUCGAAGAGGCGAUCGUGUGGCUCCGCAAGAAGGGCAUCGCGGGCGCGGACAAGAAGGCGUCGCGCAUCGCCGCGGAGGGCGCGGUCGUGCAGUACAUUCACGCCGGCGCGCGCCUCGGCGUCCUCGUCGAGGUCAACUGCGAGACGGAUUUCGUCGCGCGCGGCGACAAGUUUAAGGAGCUCGCCAACGACAUCGCGAUGCAGGUGGCGGCUUGCACGGAGAUCGAGUACGUCUCCCCGUCCGACGCGGACCAGGCGAUGAUCGAGAAGGAGCGCGAGGUGCAGAUGAAGAUGGAGGACCUGCAGUCCAAGCCGGAGAACAUCCGCGAGAAGAUCGUCCAGGGCCGACUGGAUAAGAUGGUGAACGAGAAGGCGCUGCUGACGCAGCCGUUCAUCAAGGACACGAGCAAGACCGUGGACGAGCUCAUCAAGGAGGCGACCGCGGAGAUUGGCGAGAAGAUUUCCAUCCGGAGGUUUACGAAGUACAACCUCGGCGAGGGUUUGGAGAAGCGGGUCGAGGACUUCGCCGCGGAGGUUGCCGCGCAGACGGGCGGCAAGGCGUGAUCGAACGAUUCGAACGAGUCGAUUCGACUCGCCCUCGCCGUCGCGCCAGCCGGGACGCGCCUAUUACGCGACGACGUCUCGGCGGGCGGUAGUCUGUAGAACACACAACACCAACAAGAUUCUUUCUAUGAUUUUUGAAGCGCGCGCUGCGAGCACGCGGCGAGAAGAGGGGAGGAGGAGGAGGACCUCUUCUUCGGGGGCGCGCGAGACGGAGACGCCCCCGCUCGUCGCGGCUCUUUUUCAUAUUUUUCAAUUGCACAUAUGAUUUGAGAAAUUCAACACG